AUGGGAAAAGUCAGAAACAAUGACGCUACGCACUCUGAAAUCGCUGACGUCGUUAAUUUAACUCUCGACGGAGUUGAUUGCUUCAUGCUUCACGAAACAGUUUCGACAAUCAAAGUUAUUGAAUUUCUCAAUUCCACGAUAAUGGAAGCUGAAGAAAUGGUUGAUUAUCAAAAUUUGCAUCGUCUUUUGAUGACCCAAGCCUCAAUCUCAAGCAUUUCCAUGGUUAAACGAGACUACACAAAUGUCAUGGCUAUCAUGGCAUGCAAUGCCGCGAUGAAGAACAACGCAAAUGCAAUUAUUGCCUUAACUGAAACUGGCAAAACUGCAAUAAUGCUUUCAAAAUACCGACCAGAGUGUCCAAUUAUAGCCGUGACUAGUUCAUCUGUUGUCGCGCGUAAUUGUCUUCUUCUACGAGGUGUUUUGUCACUCAACGUUAAUUUGGUGGAAACUGAUACUUAUGAGCGAUCAAUUGAAAUGCAGACCAAAGCAGCAAUUUCUUUUAUUGAAGCUAAUCAUUUGAAUAAAACUUUAACAGGAGUUGCAAUUCUUGUUAUGGGUCAAAGAACUGGAUCAGAAAAGUUGAACACAAUUCGAAUUAUUCCAUUACAGUAUGAAAAUUCAAUGAAUGAUGAUUUGAAACAGUAA